AAGUAGUGAAGUGCAGAAACAGAUACAGAGAAAGAGAGAGAGAGAGAGUACAAAUUUACAAUAGAAGGUUUCUUGUUCCCGGGAAAUGGAGAUAUCUCCGACGGAAGACAAACUCGUUGGCUCCGGCGACGACGAAGCUGUUCCUACACAAGUAUCCGUCAUAAAAAACGAAGCUUUAGACAUUUGUCGGAUUUGCCAAUCACCAGAUGAACCAAACAAUCCGUUGAGACAUCCAUGCGCGUGUCGAGGCUCUCUCAAGUUUGUUCACUCAGAUUGUCUUUUUCUCUGGCUCAAUCGCCGUAAACGCAACCACUGCGAGAUUUGUAAACGACGCUACUCAACUGUUCCGAUUUAUUCCGAGAACGCUCCAGAGAGACUAUCAUGUCACGAAUUCUUAAUGGGAUUGCUACUGAGAGCAUUACGUUUCAUGACUUGGAUUCUUCCUUGGGUCUUGAUGAUUCCUUUCAACGCGUAUUGCUUUUCUUUUCUCCCUUUGGACAAGGAAACUGAGUUUGUGAACCAGACUGUUUUAGAACUGUCCUUGAAAUUUCCUGGCCUGUUUUACACUGCUGAAAUAGUGUUUGAUAUCACCUUUAUGGUUGUCUCUAUGGAAAUUAUGGAAGAGAUUUUAAGGAGACACCCUGAGUUGUUACGUCUUAUGAUCAUCUUAGAGAACGGUCUAAGAGAUAGAGAUGUUACUGGCGUUUUGCUGCUGUUAGGAAAUCAUUUACAUAUUCUGAAUGAUUGGUGGCAUGAUCAGCUCUUACACUUGCCAUUUCUCCAUAUCUUUCAGAGGGGACCUCUUCCACUAGUGUUUGUUCCUCGAAACACGCCUCUUCAUCAAUUUGGAUCCAUCAGAAGGGUUUUUUUCCUUUUCAAUGACGACACUUUUGCUGUUCUUGCCAUCAACAUCUAUUGGUCUUCUCUCAAAGUUUUUAUACCAUUUUCGAUUGGCCGAGCUGUCUUCUUUCUUCUACGCUGUUUCCCACAUGUUUGGAUUGAGGAAAAUGCAUCUGAAUUAGCUGCCGGAAAAAUGGUUAUAUUCUCGGUUUUAUUGGCUUACCUUGGAAGCGUCUUCCCUCUGCCUCGAAACAGAACAAGACUCAGAUGGUUUUCUCCGCCAGUUAAGAAAACGUUCAUCUUGUGCUUUAAACUCGGUGUUCUGCCUUGUAUACUUGGUUGCUGGCUAGAUUUCUGCACUUCCCCUAUAAUGGGAGAAACAGUUUCCCAAAGCAUUGAGGUUCUUUCAGACUAUCCACACCUGGCUGCAAAACAUUGGCAUAUGGGAAUUUUCUACUUGGUAGUUGCUAUACGUUGCAUGGAGGCUAUCCAAAAGAUACUUCAGAAACGAGCCUUUUGGUAUCUGAUAGAUGUUGCAGAACCAAACUACAAAAUCACUAAACUGCAUCUUGGUCCCAUCCUCUUGGCGUUUGCUUUACAUGGAGCAAUGGUGGUGGUUGUGCUUUACUUACCAGUAAAAACAAUGAGUCUCAUCAGCCAGUCCUUUUUCCCUCUCCAAUUUGGGGUCUACGAUGAAGAUUUUGUGCUUGGUUUACUUAUUGCUUAUACGUGCCUAAUUAGACUUGGCCCUCGGUGGUUAGUCAAUUAUAUUACACCAUCCCUCAGACCCAUAGUUCACAAGUGGGUUAUCACUAUCAGUUCUAUGCUCAAGUUGAGUGACUUCUUGCUUGGAGAGCCCCGCAGAGACCGUGUAAAUCGUAAUAUGAGACCACAGUUUCUAUUAUUUGGCGUAGCUGAAGGCUCUAUGGUCAGUUUGUAUGGAUCUCAAAGCGAUACCACCUGUGAAGAGGAUACAAAUGACCAACGAGAUAAAAGUUUUAUGCUAAGGAUUGGAGUGAUGUUUGUUCUAGCUGCUAUGAGUAUGUUUCUUGUUAGUACAACCCUCAUGGCUUUACCAAUUCUAGUUGGAAGGGCCUUCGGACUCAAACACGACGAUCUUUGUGCUUUCUGGAUUGGAUUCUGUAUCCUACGAGGAAUCUAUAUCUUCAUUUGCUUCGUCUAUGAUCAUUUCGUGACGGGAAGAACUGAUUUACUUCUCAACCAUGCCCUCAUGUUCAUAAGGAAUGUCUUGUUAUUCUCCAUAUGGAUCUCCAUCAUACCGGGAUUGCUCGGUCUCCUUAUCAACCUUAUGAUCAUCAUCCCAUCACAAGUUCCGCUACAUGAUUCCCCAGUAUAUAAGUUGCACCACAAUUGGUUGCGUGGUGUAGUCGUCCUACACAUCUGGAUCUUUCUGACUAUGCGCACACGGAUCAACUGUUUCACGACUGUGGCGUGGCGGGAAAAGCUUCAGAGAAUCAGAAGCGUCGGAAUCAACAGACUUCCCUUUACAUGGCUGAUUCGAGAUGUUAUUGGUUCCAUCAUAGUGUCUCUUUUAUUCACUCUCUGCGUUCCCUACGUGGUGGUGAACUCUCUGUUCCCGAUUCUUGGAUUUUCGGAUGAAGUCAACUUAGCCGUCCAGCGGUUCAUUUGGCCAGCGAUCCUCACCUUAAUCCCCAUAUGGUUCAGUGUCAAGCUCACUCGUGAUCUUAUCAUUUACCUUCACCAACUGGAAUUUGAUCAUCGAUACAAAGUGGGAGAGAGGCUGAUGGAUUUCACUGAAGAUCUUGCUGGAGUAACAACGACCAAAACUAAUGGCUAAUGAUAGAGAAUAGUCUUCAACAACAAGUACAUAAACUAGAGUUUCUUAUGUUAUAGUAGUAUCUCUUAACUAAAGAAUCUAUGAAAUGCAAACAAAAUCCUAAGACGAUGACUAGUAGGAUUCAAAAGGUUCUGGAACUUGGUAGUUAUAUUUAAUGUCUACAUUCUCCCUCUUCAUGUUCCAUCCUUUAUUUCAACUUCAUUGGAAAAACGCUUUAAAACUUUGAAUUUUGCCACAAAUAUAUUUUGUUUAACAUCUCAUUUAUAUUCACCGAGAUGUGGAUUACUCGGCCUUUAUUGAAGGUUAUGAAGAAUCGAAUCUAUGGGUAAUGGAUAUUGCAGUUGUGUAGUUUCAAAAUGUGAUGUAAAUUUUUUUAUU